CUCGCGGCACUGCACUCUCCAGGUUUAUCCUCGCGCGCGCGGCGCCGCGUGGACCCGCACCGGUUCAAAAAAGCCGUCAAUAAACGCCGCUCGGCUCUUCAGUCAGCUGCUGCCGGACGCAGGGAUGACCGAGGAGCUGUAGCCUCAGAGCGCGGACCGCCAGAGGACACCUCAGGGUUAGCCUUUCAGAAACAAAUCCACCGGGCGACAACAGAGAAGUCUGAGCCAUGAAGACGAUCCUCGCUGCCUAUUCUGGAGUCCUUAAAGGCACCGGCUCCAGCAUCCUCUCCUCCCUGCAGGACCUGCCGUCAGCGCUGUGGCCCUGCAGUUCCAAGAUGGAGAAACAUCUGCAGGCCAUCUCUGUGCUGCAGUGGGUCAUCUCCUUCUUAGCCCUGGGUAUUGCCUGCACACUGCUGUUGAUCUACAUGUUCUGCACUGAUUGCUGGCUGAUUGCUGCCCUUUACACCGCCUGGCUCAUUGUUGACUGGAACACCCCGAAACAAGGUGGCAGGAGGUCUUCAUGGGUGAGAAACUGGACAGUUUGGACAUAUUUCAGAGACUACUUCCCCAUCAGGCUCAUUAAAACCCACGACCUCCUUCCUAGCCGGAACUACAUACUGGGCUACCAUCCCCACGGUAUCUUCUGCUUCGGUGCUUUCUGCAACUUUGGCACGGAGGCAACCGGAUUCUCCAAGAAGUUUCCUGGGAUCAAGCCCUCCCUGGCAACCCUGGCGGGAAACUUCCGCUUGCCUGUCCUUAGAGACUACCUGAUGUCCGGGGGUAUCUGCCCAGUGAACAGGCACUCCAUAGACUACCUGCUCUCAUGUAACGGGACAGGGAAUGCUGUGGUCAUCGUUGUCGGAGGAGCGGCGGAGUCCCUGCACUGCACGCCGGGCAUGAAUUCAGUCACCCUAAGGAACCGCAAAGGCUUUAUAAGGCUGGCCCUGCAGAAAGGGUCCGACCUGGUUCCUGUGUAUUCUUUUGGAGAGAACGACGCCUACAAGCAGGUGAUCUUUGAGGACGGAACCUGCUGGAAAGCUCUGCAGAGAAGGUUACAGAAGCUCUUGGGUUUUGCCCCGUGCCUGUUCUACGGCAGCUCCUGGGGCAUUGUGCCUUUUUCCAAUCCUAUCACCACCAUAGUUGGGGAGCCGAUCACAGUGCCUAAAAUUGAGGAGCCAACAGAGGAGAUGGUGGAUCUGUACCAUGGAAUGUACAUCAGGUCUCUCCUGUGCCUUUUUGACAAGUACAAGACCCGCUUUGGUCUGAAAGAGAGCGACAUCCUGCACAUCCAGUGAGAGGAUGAGGAGCUCUGGCUGAACUUCCUCCUUGUCCUGCCUCAGAUGUCUGGUUUAUCUCUGCACUGUGAGACCGUACGCGUGUAGAAGAAAUGUCAGUCCACCGCAGUGUUCAUAAUGUGCACUCGCACAGCUGUAGCUCCAGCCCUGGAAAAGACUGGUUUCCAGAAUGCUUGCCUCACUGCAGAACUUUUUAUUUGGACACAGCUACACCAAAAGCUUCCUCUACAGCUGUGCCUUUUUGGGGUUUAUUCAGUUUCUCUGAGAUUUCUGACAUGCUUUGUCUUAUCAGUGCAGAGGGGGGAAGCUCCACUAGAUGGAGCUGUGAAGUCGUUUGGAAAACAUGCCAUUACCAGUGCAUUCAUAUACUUCUCCUUAUGCGCUUUAUUGCCCUAUUAGAUGCGAAAUGCACAAACAAUGCAAGUGGAAUGUCCAAUUUAAUAGUAGGUUGAUGUGCCCAAAUGUUAAUUCAGCCAAAGAUACUUUUUGCCCCCCUCAGAUUUACAGUGUAGAUUUUCUAUAGGCUGGAUUGACAUUGUUAAUGGACAGUACACACGUGCCUAUAAUUGUUAUUGCCAUAAAGUAUUAAAUGUAUUCUGUUUAGGGGAUGAAACAUGUUUGGCUUGUCCUUCCAAGAAUAUUACUCAUGCACUUUUGUAGUAAUAAUUUUGUUCUGAAGAUUUUCUUAUAAAAACUGGCUUUGAUAUCAGAUGUUUGUGAAGUAAUCUUUGUGCUGCUGAGCCUCAUGUUCUCGUUUCUCUUAUUCUAGGCGGAUGCAUGCCGUCUAUGCAAUGAAAACUGAUAAUUUUCUGUCUUUAAACCAUUCCCUGUCCCAUUAUGUUUAUGAGGUUUUGCGCAGCAGCUAAAAAGGUGGAGUCAGUUUUUGGGUUAAACUCCUGAGUCCUGAUGGUUCCUGUAUGUAGUGUGUUCCAGAACUGUAACUUAGGUGUGAUUAAUGAAAAUGAAGGGUUGAUUCUUGAGACCUUUUUGCGUUAAAGGGACAUUAAAGGGAAGUGAGGUUUUGUUAAACAUUUGUAAGAGUCAGUACCUUACCUAAGUACAUCUUUUUCAAACUUCUUUUAGUCUAUAUAUCCAAAUUAGUUGGCCUUGGACACUGGAUAUGAGGGAUAAAUGGGGCCAAAACCAAAUGAUUUUUUUUGUCUCUCAAAAAUGAGCCAGCUCCUUGUGCAUAUGUAUUUUUUUUAAUGGACCUUUUAAACUGCCGUCAUGUUUGCUUUAGACGGUUGUUUGCUCUGAAAUAGAUGACUACAUACAGAGGAUAUGGAAGCAUUUGUAAACAGCAAUUAUUCUGACAAACAUUCCAUGUUUUUCAUUUAUCGGACUUCUUUCAUGCCGAUUUCUCGUGUUAAUAACUGCCCGGGGCAUGCAUGACGAUGGUUCAAAGGGACAUGAAUUGGAGUUUGCAGAAAUGUGACGCUUCUUUUACGAUAGGAGUCUUUUAAAGGUGGUACAGGUCUGGUCUUGUCCUUUCUCAGGCUAGCUGUUAGCUUUAGCCUUGGCUACUAACUAAUCUGGAUUUAUACAAAGAGUUUGUAAAAAAAGUUAUCUUCUGCAGGUAAAAUCAACUGCUUUUACCUUGUAACAGAACCUCACUUCAAACAUGUGGAACUAUCCCUUUAAGUUGGCUAGUAUUUGCAGGCAUUUCUACCCUGCAAACACUAGCUCUUGCCUACACUUUUGCUGAGCAGAAUUGUGACUCUGAGAAUCAUUGCGUCAUGUUGAUGAUGGUGAUCGCUAAUAAUCUUAAAGAGCAAUUUCUUCUGGUCUCAACACUGAUUUCCUAAAAGUUGUGAAAUCCCUGUAUGAUGAAUCUCAGAGCAAUAAAGAACCAAAGUGCCUUUAUGAUGGACAUCAGCUAUUAUUUAAAUAAAAUUUUUGUAUGUUUUCAAGAGACCUAAA